CCUAUUGGCGCUGUAGUCGCUAAUCGACUGAGUCCAUGUGUGUUUAUAUCAAGUAUAAAUUGUAAAUAUCCUAACGUGUUUAUAUUUACAUUGAAUGAUUUAUAUCAUCGUAAAAGUUAUUGUUUGUAUAAAAAGAAACUAUUGUUUAAAAAAAAAUAUUACUUAUUUAUGUCAUCAAGAUUAAGAAUCAUCAAAGAUAAUCGAGUAUUUAACAACUUAUACAAGGCAUGUAAAAUAUGUUAAUAUAUCUUAAUAAUAUAUUUGAAAUCAGAUAAAAAUAUAAUUUUUGUUAAAGCAAUGCUUAUUACAGCAUAAAAUAAUAAUAUCUUAACAAAAAAAUGGAAGAAGAUAUGGAAUACAGUGAAGAAGAAGAAUCAGAGGAGAGAAAUCUUAUUCCUGAAAGACUCCCUUCGCCUAUUGAAAAUGUAUCUGAAGAAAAUGUGUCUGAAGAAAAUGUAUUACCAUCUAAUAAUGAACAAAAUGAUUCAAGUACUGACACUGUUACUGAUAGUUUAAUUAAUGAGCCAGUUACAAAAUGUCAAAAAGUCUCUGUGACAGAAGAAUCUUCGGCAGAUAAUAAUAAUGAGAAUACGGAUGAUUCUGAUCAAUCUUGUCCAAUUUGUAUGGAAUUAUGGACAACAACUGGAGAACAUCGCUUGUGCUGCUUACGUUGUGGACAUUUGUUUGGCCGUAGUUGCCUUUUAAGGUGGUUACAGGUUUCUUGUACAUCUUCAAAUCGAAGAUGUCCACAAUGUAAUAGAAAAGCUGCUGUAAAAGACAUUAGAAUGUUAUAUGCUAAAAAAUUGGUAUGCAUUGAUACCUCUGAAUUAGAAAUAAUGAAAAAUCAAUUAUCAACUGUCACAGCAGAAAAAAAUCGUAUCGAAAUAGAAUUAUCGAAAAGCAAUCUUCGACAAAAGUUAUAUGAGCAACAAUUGACUACUAUGAAAAAUCGUAUUACUGAGCUACAAAAUCAACUCUCCACUACAAAAAGUGAUUUUAAUCGCUGUCAAAGUGUGUCAGCAAACACAAGUACAAAAUUUCAUCUUGAACAUUCUUUAGAGAUCUGUAAAGAAGAUGGAUGCCGUGUAUUAGAUUAUAAUCAUUGGUAUGGAUUAUUGGCUGUAUCACAAAAAUCAGGAAAUCCCUUAUUUACAGGAUAUGGUGUAAAAAAAAUAGAUGUCGAAAACUUUGUACCAAGACAAUUUCUUUUUCUUCAUUCUCAAGCUAUAAGAGACAUUAGUUUCCAUCCCUCACAACAAUCUAUACUUCUAAGUGUUGGCUUUGACAAAAGUGCUAAAUUAAUUGAUAUUCAAAACAACACUAUAAUGCAUUCAUAUACAACAGAUUUUACAUUAUGGAGUUGCUGCUGGUCAGGUGAUGAUUCUAAUAUCUUUUUUGCUGGUGCUCAAAAUGGAUCGAUAAUUCAAUUUGAUAUUAGACAAACAUCAAGUCCUGUUGGUCUUCUAGAAAGUCUUAAUGACAGAUCACCUGUUAUUUCUUUAGCAACAGUACCUGCAUAUGCAGAAUGUGGAAUUAGUAGAGGUGGAUUUAUAGCGUGUCGUUUAAACAGUUGUAACGCGUACGAGCUAAAGGAAUCUACAUAUAUACCAAAAGAAAUAAAUUUACAAGGUCCUUUUGUUUCUGUACGUUAUGAUAAAAAAAAUAAUCAUGCUCUUAUAUCUUGUCGACCUAACGAACGACUACCUCAAGCAAGACAUAUUGUAUGUUCUAUUGAAAAAGGAAAUGAUGAAAUGGUUUUAUGCAAUAUUGUACAUACAUUUAAUGCUGGAAAUUCUCAACGACUUUUAUCACGUCCUUGUCAUAUAUCUGUAGAAAACGACACGCUAAUUGCAGUCCAUCAAGAAUCUAUUAAUAGCAUUCCAUUUUGGAGUAUAUCAACUGGUAAUCAAGUUCACACACUUCCAGUAUCUGAUCCGAUCAUAGAUAUGUGUUCUUUCAAAAUUAAUGACAAUGUAUAUUUAGCAACUCUUUCUGCAAGAAAACUUAGAAUGUACAAACAUAACUCCUUGUGA